CAAAUCUUUAAUAACCCAAAAAAACUCUAGUCCACAUGCGCGAUAAAGCCGACGCACGCACCUAUGAACUUUCGCCCUUAACCAAACACUCGUAGAAUUGACAUGGCGGGGUAUGACUGGGGGGCGUUUGGUAUUCCAAACGCCGUAGUUAUAAAUCACCAGGAUGGUUCUCGUACUGUACACAAUUAUCAUUUAAAGAAAGUAAUAGGUAGUGGUUCGUUUGGACUCGUCUAUCUCGGCAUUGAGCGGCAGAAACAAAAAGUUGUCGCCGUAAAAGAGUACAUGAAACACCGUCUUUGCAAAAAGUUUGGUCACUGGUUAAAGGAGAUUGACGACCGGGAUAAUCCGUUCGCUAUGCUGGGGUUUGAGAUUGAAGCAAUGCGUCAACUUCGGCAUCCAAACAUUGUUCGGUUCUAUCAGGUUCUCAAUACGGAACGAAGCUAUUUUAUUGUUAUGGAGUAUUGUCCCAAAGUCAGCAUGGUAUUGACAACAAAAAUGCCGUGUACUCCUCUGAGUGUGUCCAAUGCACGAAGAUACUUCCGUGAUCUGAUUCAAGCGGUUGAGUUUGUCCAUUCUCGAGACUUAGCACAUUGCGAUAUAAAACCAGAGAACUUGCUAAUCAACAAACGAAAUCGCCUCUUACUGGCUGAUUUCAGUUCCUGUCAACACAUCCGGUGUCCAAAAAAAUUGUUUACCAGUCCAGCCUUUACUUCACCCGAACUGUGUGUUGACCUUGUGGGUGACUAUCUUCAGCCUUCCGAUGUGUGGUCGAUGGGCGUUGUUCUCUACGUCUGGACGACUGGUCAGCUUCCUUUUCAACAGAGAGAUGUUCUCUCACUCUACCGAAGCAUCCAACUUGAUGAACCCGACUAUCCUACUGAUUUGGAUUCUCGUCUUCAACACUUGCUUCGACGACUACUGGACAAAAAUCCUCAGACUCGCAUCACCCUUUCUGAGCUUCAUCACGAUCCUUGGAUCACUAAAAGAAACAAGCGGCCGUUGCCCAGCUUGCUUCCCUCGUCGUCAGACAAGUCGGAUGCACUCGAUCUUGCUUUCCAGCCCGGUCUCAUGCAUCGUUUGCUGUCGUACGGCAGUGCACGCAAGAAGUCUGGAAGCUAUCACAUCUCGUCAACAGACAAGUCAAUGACGACCUUUAUCGUCGAUCCCGUCCAGGAUGCACACGUCGAACAAAUCGAAUUCGCAUAAUUUCUGCUUUAGUGUUUCGGAGACUUCGGUGUCUUCCUCGGACUUUACACACUUCACCCGGCCGUUUCUGGUUGACCGAAAACCAAUGCUCUCUUUUGCAAUUCUCUUCGGCUAUUCUUCGGGGGAAUCGCAAUCGGCCAAUCAUUUUCAUGAUGUCUUUCCCACGUAGAACACGUGGCCACCAAGUCGCGUCUCGGGUCGCUCUGUUCCUCCAAUCUCAAACAUUCUUAUUUCUGCCGCGGCAUGAUCGCGACAAAUCGACGCUCGUUCAUUCUUUUGCCUUUUUAAAAUGUUUUACUUUUUCUUUUUAGUCAAUGAGUUUAUGAUGUUUA